CAGUUGGCAUCGCGAUGUUGUUCUCGACACUCAUUGGUAACUGUGCUCUCUCGUAAAGUAUACUGACUCAGUGUGAUUAUUUUCCGAAAAAUAAUGCGACGAGUUUUUUGAGGAUUUUCCCGGACUAAGUGACGAUAUUAUGAGCUCGUAUCAGUUCGUGAACUCCCUGGCCCAGUGCUAUGGACAACAGGGUCGUGCAGGAGAUCACGCACAUCAAGCAGCCUCUCCUGGAGCUGAUUAUUACAACCCCAACGCAGCAGCAGCGGCUAGCUAUCCUCCAACAUGUUACUCGCCUCCCCAAGUAGGUCCUCAAGGAUACACACCUCACCCGUACGCAACCCCUGCUCCAGGACACGGACUUCAACCAAUGGGAGACUAUACUCAGCUCCAACCUCAGAGAAUACCCGGAGCUACCGCCAUGCACCAUGCGAGUCCAGGAGGACAAAGUCCAGGAAUGCUCAGCGCUGCGGCUAGUUGUAAAUACGCUGACUCGACAUCAUCUACCGGAGUGGCGAGUCCUCAGGAUUUGAGCACUAACGCGCCUCCGGCGAGGAGUACUCCGCCUCUGGCAGGUGCUCAGGCGAGUAAUAACUCGAACGCGACGAUAACUUCGAAGAGUUCGGGGUUGACGUCGCCGUUGUCGGUGAGUACUUCGCCUCAGGGGAAGGCAGGGGCUGCUUCGUCUACUGCGUCUCAGAAUUUGUCCUCGCCGGCUUCGAGUACGAGUUCGACUUCGAGUAAUGAACAGAAGGCAAGCACGAACAACAAUAACUCGAAAGGUGGGAGUUCGUCGAGUAAUCCUCCGCAGAUUUAUCCCUGGAUGAAGCGAGUACACCUUGGACAAA